GGGGCGCUCCCCGGGCUCCGGCCUUUCUCUCCAGUGUCCCCCACCCGCCUCCCGCGGUCCCUCCCACUCCGCUCUCCGGGCUCCUGACAUCACGACCCGGGAGGCGGGAUCGGGGAAGGAGGGGGGACGUGGGGAGGCGGCUCGGCGCCACGAAGAGGGAGGAGGGAGGGCGCGCAGUCCCAGCCCAGAGCUUCAAAACAGCCCGCCGGCCUCGCCUCGCGCCCCAGCCCGUCGGUCUGUCCAGCCGCCCGCGUCCGCGCAUCUCCUCUGGGCUUUGAACGCUCCUCCGCGCCCCACGGUGCCCCGUGAACAUGUUGGUGCUUCUGGCUUUCAUCAUCAUCUUCCACAUCACGUCUGCGGCGUUGCUCUUCGUCGCCACCAUCGACAAUGCCUGGUGGGUCGGAAACGAUUUUUUUGCCGACGUGUGGAGAGUGUGCAUCAACAACACGAACUGUACAGAAAUCGAUGACUCCGUGCAAGAAUUCUCCACGGUGCAGGCGGUCCAGGCCACCAUGAUCCUGUCCACCAUUCUCUGCUGCAUUGCCUUUCUGAUCUUUCUGCUCCAGCUCUUCCGCCUCAAGCAGGGAGAGAGAUUUAUUUUAACCUCCAUCAUCCAGCUCAUGUCAUGCCUGUGUGUCAUGAUUGCAGCUUCCAUUUAUACAGACCGGCGUGAAGACAUUCACAAGAACAACCCAGAACUGUAUGCCCUGACCUCGGGUGGCAGCUACGGCUACUCCUUCAUCCUGGCCUGGGUGGCCUUUGCUUUCACCUUCAUCAGUGGCCUCAUGUACCUGAUACUGAGGAAGCGCAAAUAGAGCCCAGGAGCUGGGUUGCUUUCGCUGCAGUACAGAAUCCACAUUCAGAUAACCGUUUUGUAUAUAAUC